UUCCCUGCUGCACUUUUAUUUUAUCUAUGUUUAUAACUGGUACGCGUGGACAAAAGGCUGUUUGUCGUUACGUCUUUAUUUGAAAGUGGAGGGUAGUUGGAAAUUGUUGCAAAUUGUGCAAGAGAUGUCGUCGAAGGAUCCGAAGGUCAUUAAGGUUAAUAAGUGGGACGGUGCAGCAGUGAAAAAUGCUAUAGAUGAUUCUGUGAAAGACGUUCUGAUUCAAAAAUAUAACAAUACGGAAGUAUUCGCAUUACUUGAUGGUAGAUUAGCAUUGUGCGCCGUAGCGGUGGCAGUGGCUGGGUUUGCCUUGCUAUGGGAUUAUGUUUAUCCAUUCCCGACAUCGAGACCAGUUUUAAUUGGCUGUGUUUCAACAUAUUUUAUAGUCAUGGGACUUCUAACCCUUUAUACGUCAUAUAAGGAAAAAGGGAUAUUUGUUGUGGCUAUUCAAAAGGAUCCUGCUGGAUUUAGUCCAAACCUCAUCUGGGAGGCAAGCUCGUACCUAAAGAAAUAUGAUGACCGAUAUAAUCUAGUAUUAUCUGUUAGAACUGAAAAUUCUGGAAGUAUAAGUGAAACCUCUACUUACCAAUCAGUUGCUAACUUUAUCGACGAAGAUGGUGUGGUUAUACAGGAAUUAGUGGAAGCUGUUGUGACAAACAUGUAUAAUAGCUUAACUAGUAAUCGUAAAGAUAAAUAGCAUUAAUAAAUUCAUACAUGUAUUGCAA